GUGUACACCAGGCAGAACAGACGUGGACUGAAUUCAGUGUGUGUUUCAUUUCCUGACUUGGAGUAGCCCUGGGGGAACAUUGACAAAAGUGGAUUAGGUCUCUAUUUGAAAAGUGUGACUGGGCUGCAGACAUGUGAUAUAUAUAAUUUCUUGUGAAGUUUGUUUGCAAGGCAACCUCCUGCUCUUACACCACCCCCACCACCACCCCCCCUCCUCCUCCACCACCACCAAACACAAAACAAAACUGUUUUCUCUCUCUCUCUCUCUCUCUCUCUGUGGUGGGUGUUUGGUUUGUUUACAGCCCGAGGGAUUUUUUUUAGCUAAAAGCACAAGACACGAGAAAUGACCUCGGUGUGGAAGAGGCUCCAACGAGUGGGCAAAAGAGCAGCCAAAUUUCAGUUCGUCGCUUCCUACCAGGAGCUCGUAGUGGAAUGCACCAAAAAAUGGCAACCGGACAAGCUGAUCGUGGUGUGGACGAGGAGGAGCAGGCGGGUGUGUUCCAAGCCACACGGUUGGCAGCCGGGGAUAAAGAAUCCGUACCGGGGCAUGGUGCUAUGGCCAGUGCCAGAAAAUGUUGACAUCUCAGUCACCCUCUACAAGGACCCCCUGGCUGAAGAAUUUGAAGAUAAGGAAUGGACAUUUGUAAUAGAAAAUGAAACCAAAGGCCAUCGGAAGGUCCUGGCCUCAGCGGACAUCAACAUGAAGAAGUACGCCAGCCCGAUGCCCACGGUCACCGAUGUCAAGUUGAAACUCAAGCCUCUCUCCGUCAAGGUGGUGUGCGCCACGCUGCAGUUCUCCCUCUCCUGCGUCUUCCUCCGUGAGGGACGAGCAACGGACGAGGACAUGCAGAGUCUGGCGAGUCUUAUGAGUGUGAAACAGGCCGACAUCGGCAACUUGGACGACUUUGCUGAGGAGAGCGACGAGGAGGGAGAUGAGAAGAAAUUGCGGCAGGAAGACAAGGCGAGCAGGAUGAAAGAUGUCAGUGAGCCCCUCGAUGUGCUGCAGGAAGAGGAGGAGGAUUACGGAGCAGAUGGAACGAGUCAAGAUGCAGCGGGUCGAUGGAAGAUGGAUGCCAGGCGAGGUCGCGGGUCAGUGGUCACCCCGGCCAGUUCAGGCCCCUUCAGCCCCGUCCGGAAGCCACAAGUCAGGCACGGGAACCCUUUCAAUGAAGACCGGUACCCACCCGUGACGCCAGAGGAGGGUCGCAGCGGCAAGAGUGGGAGCGGUGUGCACCAUCCCCCCAACGUUGUCGGGGAAAGGUCGGCUGGCCCGUCCGGAGGUCAAGGCCCGGAGGCCAAGCCGCCCUUGGACGGUGGGAGGCCAGGCCAGGAUGGCCAGCAGGCGCUCGCCAACCCUGCCGAGCCAAGCAACCCCUUCGAAGAAGAGGAGCCCGUGGCCUCAGGCCUGAUCUGCAAGCCUGAGGAGCUGGGCCCCGCUGCUGUUGCCGAGCAACCUACAACGGGGACAAAGGAUGAUGGCUCCGUGAAGCCUGACGGGGUGACCGGAGAGAAGCCGCUGCCGGCUCCGAGGCUGAAGAAAAGGCAGCACAGUUUGACCGCGCCGACUGACCCCCCGGCAUUGCCCGGCGCCACGCCAGCGGGCACAGCGGGACCUCCAGCGGACCUCCCCAAGCCGUCGACGUCGCCGCCUGGCACCCGGAGCUCGAGCCUCAACCCCAAGGCGGCAGCGCCGACCCCAGCGGCCGACACAGGGAGCCCCCAGGGGGCCGCAGCCGGCGGCGGGGGGUCUGCCCGGGACUCCUCGGCGACGCAGGCCGACAGGCGCCCGGCAGCAGCGCCGCUGCCGCCCCGGGGGCAGACGCCGGAGGCGCAAGGGCCGGCCGGCCAGAAGGAGGCCGAGGUCCGGGCCAAGCGGAAAGCGCCGCCCCCUCCCCUGGCCCUGGGCCCGGGCGUCUCGAGCCCCCCAGCGACCGAGACGAGGACGGUGGGAUCGGGCCACGAGCCGGAGGCCGGAGAAGCCCCGUUACAGAGCCCCCUCCAGGGCCUGGCUCUGGCCAACACCAGCCGCUGCCUGCUGGACUGGUGCAGGGAGGUGACCCAGGACUACCGCCGGCUCAAGAUCAGCAACUUCACCACCUCCUGGAGGAACGGCCUGGCCUUCUGCGCCAUCCUGCACCACUUCCACCCCGAGCUCAUAGAUUACUCCUCACUGGACCCUCACGACAUCAAAACCAACAACAAGAAGGCCUUUGACGGGUUUGCCAGUCUCGGAAUCUCCCGGCUCCUGGAGCCAGCGGACAUGGUGUUGCUGGCCAUCCCGGACAAGCUCAUCGUGAUGACCUACCUGUGCCAGAUCAGGGCCCAUUUCACCGGCCAGGAGCUCAACGUGGUGCAGAUCGAAGAGAACAGCAGUCAGAGCACCUAUAAGGUAGGCAACUUUGACUCAGACUCGCACAGCUCUUUGGACCCCAUCCAGUUUUACUCAGAGCGAAUGGAGGCCCACCAGGUCAGCUCGGUGCCACAUAGACCCGACAGGCCCAAGAGACAGGCCCUGAAGAGGAACAGCAAAGCCUUGCUAAGCGACAACCAAGGCCCAGAGUCCAAAACCUCCCCUCAGGCUAACUUGUGCGCCAACACACCCACAGCGGCUGGGCAUCAUGCCAGCGGCGGCUCACUCCCUCCGAACUGUUCCCUGGCUCCAGCAGCCAGCGCCGGUGUCUCUGGGAGCGCCCGAUCGACUGAGGUUGGCCUAGCCCCCGUGCCGAGACCUUUGGAUCCCCAGCCGAAUUCCAGGGUGGAGGCUGCGCUGGUCAAGGAUCCUGGAAAGUCCGGGGCGGGUUCAGCCUCGGAUGGGCACCAGGGGCCCAAGGACGUGCCCAUAGCAAAGGCUCGCAGGAAGACGCGGGACGCAGCCGUGAAACAGGCUGAUGGAAAACCCGUGAGACCGCCACCCCCAGAGGGUCAUGGGAAGACCCAGGAGCUGGCCGUUACAGAGUUUGAUGGGAAAUCGGUCAAGCCGCCAUCCUCACAGGAUCAUGGGAAGACCCGGGAACUGGUCAUUACCGAGGAUGAUGGGAAAUCGAUCAAGCCGCCACCUUCAGAGGAUCAUGGGAAGACCCAGGAACUGGUCAUUACCGAGGAUGAUGGGAAAUCGGUCAAGCCGCCGCCCCCAGAUGAUCAUGGGAAGACCCAGGAACUGGUCAUUACCGAGGAUGAUGGGAAAUCGGUCAAGCCGCUGCCCCCAGAGGAUCAUGGGAAGACCCGGGAACUGGUCGUUACCAAGGAUGAUGGGAAAUCGGUCAAGCCGCCACCCCCAAAGGAUCAUGGGAAGACCCGGGAACUGGUCAUUACCGAGGAUGAUGGGAAAUCGGUCAAGCUGCCGUCCCCAGAGGAUCAUGGGAAGAACCGGGAACUAGUCAUUACCGAGGAUGAUGGGAAAUCGGUCAAGCCACCGCCCCCAGAGGAUCAUGGGAAGACCUGGGAACUGGUCGUUACCGAGGAUGAUGGGAAAUUGGUCAAGCCGCCGCCCCCAGACAAUCAUGGGAAGACCUGGGAACUGGUCAUUACUGAGGAUGGUGGGAAAUCGGUCAAGCCGCCGCCCCCAGAGGAUCAUGGGAAGACCCAGGAACUGGUCGUUACCGAGGAUGGUGGGAAAUCGGUCAAGCCGCCGCCCCCAGAGGAUCAUAGGAAGACCCAGGAACUGGUCGUUACCGAGGAUGGUGGGAAAUCGGUCAAGCCGCCGCCCGCAGAGGAUCAUGGGAAGCAGGUCGCCAUGGAAUUUCCCGUCACACAGAACGACGACCCACCUGUGGGGCCGCCUGCUUCCGAGGCUCGUGGGGAACGCCUCACCCCAGGGGGUCAUGGGAAACCCAUCGAGCCGGGCCCCGCCUCCGAGGAACAGACACUGGCCGAUGAGGUGCCGACAGCAGAGGGCCCGGCAACGCCAUUGGGUGAUCCGCGUCUAGGGGAUGAUGGGAAGCCCGUCGAGCUGUUCAUCAGUGAAGUCCCCACCGAGUCGGCACUGGGCGUCGCAGAGGGCCACGAGAAGCCUCCAGGGGUCCCCUCUUCCGAGGGGCCGCCCACCCAGGAGGGUCAUGGGAAGCCAGCAGGUCAGUCAGCCGCAGAGGACGCUGGGAGGCCCCUGGCGCCGGCGGCCCUGAGUCCUGUGAUGCCCUUGGCGGCGGAAGAUCCGGAGGGGAGGCUGGGCCCGGAGAGCCCUCGGGCACCAGAGAAGGUUCCGGAGGGGGACGGGAGGGCCGACAAGCCUCCGAAAGAGGGCGCCAGCCUGCCCAAUGGGGGGGCGGCCGAGCAGCCGCCGCCCGGGGACGGCUCCUCCGCCACAGUGGGCGGCGCCAACGGCAGGACGGGCACGGGGCGGCCGGAGAGGAUCCACCGCUCCCAGUCGUCGGAGAGCCGGUCGCCGGGCAGGUCGGGCAAGUCGGGAUUCUCGCACAUCAGAGACGCCGACCUGGUGAAGAAGAGGCGGUCCAGGAGGCGCAGUGACUCCUUGGAGGAACCCGAGGGCGGCCAGAGCCAGGGCCAGAGCCAGAACCAGAGCCAGGGCCAGGGCCAGAGCCAGAUCCAGAGCCAGAGCCAGAGCCAGAGCCAGCCAGAAGCAGCUGCUGCUCCGAACGCAGAGGUAAAAGGAACCGGCGUGGUGCUGGUGGGCACCAGUGCGGCUAGG